UAGCGGGGCCGCGGGCGGGACGGGACGGGACGGGACGGGACAGGGCAGGGCGGCGGCAGCGGGCGGGCAGAGCCGCGUCCGGGCUCCUUCCUCGGCGUGUGUGACUGAGGCGGGGCACGGGGUGCCGAGGGCGGAGAAGGGGAGCUCGGCGGCGGGACCCCGGGAGCGGAGCCUCCCUCGGCGCUCGCAGCGGGCGGUCUCGGGCAGCGGCGGCCCCAGGUGGGGGAGCCGGGCGGCGAGGAGGCUCCGCGCCGCCGGCCCCGCGGAUCCCUCGCGCUCCGGCAGCAUGAACAUCCUGCUGGAGUUCUUCGUGGUGACUUUCCGAGUGCUGUGGGCGUUCGUGCUGGCCGCGGCCAAGUGGCUAGUGCGGCCCAAGGAGAAGAGCGUGGCGGGGCAGGUGUGCCUGAUCACUGGGGCGGGCAGCGGCCUGGGCCGCCUCUUCGCCCUGGAGUUUGCCCGGCGCCGGGCGCUGCUGGUGCUAUGGGACAUCAACACGCAGAGCAACGAGGAGACGGCGGGCAUGGUGCGGCACAUCUACCGGGAGAUGGCCGAGGAGGCGGCCACCGCUGCCCCCAGAGCUGGUGAUGGAGAGAAAGAUGCGCUGCCCCAUUGCAACUUGCAGGUUUACACCUACACCUGUGAUGUGGGCAAAAGAGAGAAUGUCUACUCGAUAGCUGAGAGGGUCCGCAAGGAGGUUGGCGAGGUGUCUGUCCUGGUUAACAAUGCUGGUGUGGUCUCCGGGCACCAUCUCCUGGAGUGUCCUGAUGAGCUUAUUGAGAGGACCAUGAUGGUCAACUGCCACGCACACUUCUGGACCACUAAAGCAUUCCUUCCCAAGAUGCUGGAAAUGAACCAUGGACACAUCGUGACAGUUGCAAGUUCCUUGGGAUUAUUCAGUACUGCUGGAGUGGAGGAUUAUUGUGCCAGCAAAUUUGGAGCUGUAGGUUUCCAUGAGUCUUUGAGCCAUGAAUUGAAGGCUGCUGAAAAGGACGGAAUCAAAACUACUUUAGUCUGCCCUUAUCUUGUAGAUACAGGAAUGUUUAGAGGGUGCAGGAUCAGAAAAGAAAUUGAGCCUUUCCUUCCACCUUUGAAACCAGAAUACUGUGUGAAGCAGGCUAUGAGAGCUAUCCUUACAGACCAGCCAAUGAUCUGCACACCUCGCCUCAUGUAUAUGGUCACCUUCAUGAAAAGUAUUCUGCCAUUUGAAGCAGUUGUAUGCAUGUACCGAUUUUUGGGAGCAGACAAGUGUAUGUAUCCUUUCAUUGCUCAACGGAAACAGGCUACAAACAACAAUGAAGCAAAAAAUGGAAUUUAAUAGUUUUGGAUGGACUAGUGUUUAUAGGUGAAUGCAAUAAUGUUACAUGACUGAAUUGCAAAGUGCACUUGCAUCUAUCAGAUGCAAAUGUCAGCAUCUUAAUGUGGCAUUCUCUUGGGUCCUAAACCUGUGUGUUGAACUCUAAAAAUCAGUGCGUUUUUAUAUACUGUAAAUAAAACUGACUAGAGUACUUGGGAAAUGUGAUAGGUAAGUCAGAUGAAUUUACGAUGUAGCUGCCACCAUUGUCCUUUAGAAUAUCACUGUAUGUACAGUAAACUAGCCAUACGACUUGUAGGGAUGCACUGUGUGAUAUCUCUUCCUUAGCCUGGCAAGGCUUCUCAGAGCUGUCUCCAACUAGAAGAUGCAAUGUUUCAGAAAUAGUUUGACUUCCCCUAUGUUAAUUGGGAAGGGGGGGGGAGGGAAAUAUGGUCAUUUAAGCUACUGCUCAUGAUCUUAUAGUAAAUUCAAGGACAGUUUCUGAACGCAUCUCUUCACUCAUUCACCCAAACUCUCUAAAGGACACAUGGCCAAAUUGUGGUGUAAUUCUCUUUUGUUGCAACUGUCUGUUCUAUUUAAAGAAAGAUUAAAAGAAAUUUGUAAGUCUGCCGAUUCAAAGGCAAAUGAAUGUCUUACAUACUGUCAGAGCAAAGUUGUAGUGGGCAUCUGGUUUUUUAGGAAUUCAGUCAGUGAUUUAAGCUGACUUUUUUCAAGUACCUUGAUUUGAAAUCUGCUCUGUUCUGUUUCCCUUUAUAUGUCAGAGUCCAGUUUACUGUUGUGGACUACAUGUUUCUUUUCUUCCUCCUCAUUCUUACUUCUGAAAGAGUUCUCCCACCUCCCAAGGAAGCUGUUGUGUUAAAUUCUGUAACUGGACUUGUGCCUAAAAGACAAAGCAGUUUAGCUGAGAUACUUACUGUUUAUGUAAGUGCUGGUCAUAUUCCAAUUAUUAGCAAAGGAAAAAUAGAAUAAUGCGUGAUGCAACUCUACGUGCAGAACAUGAAAGGUUGUAAAGAUUUCUUUUUUUUGAGCCGUACUCACAUUGUAGAACAGCAAAUGACAUUUUUACAGUAUUUUUUGUAAAGCGAACAAUUUUGUGCCUUGAAUUUGGUAAUCUGUAUUAGUGAAGCAUUGUAAAAGUGAACUUCUACCUCUGUAUCUUAAUGUAUACCAUCCACUUGUAAACUACUAUCAGACAAAUUGUGAUUACUUUUUUAGAAUGUCUUGUUAAAUAGUGACCAAUGCCUGUGGUUAUUAAAGUGAGCCACCUUUUCCUUAAAACAGCGAUUGGAAUGUUUCCUUUAAAGACUGAACUAACACAAACUACUUGGGCCUGUUCUGCAGCUCUCUAGUAUCAACACAGAUCAAAUAUUUAUGUCUCAAUUCCUGUAUCCACUUCAUCAGCUACAUGGUUUACAGUGUAAUCUCUUAAUUCUAUUGGUAAGUACUGUGAAAUUAGGCUGUAGGAGCUGAGGGUUUUGUCUAUCGUCUAAACUCUUUGAAGAAAUAGCUGGUCAAAGAGAUGUUGAAGAAUAUUAAUUUUGGUUUUCUAUAGAUCUGCAUUCAGAUCUAUGGAAAAAAUGACCUGAGCUAGAUGCAGUUUUAGUGAAUUAAAAAGUAAAUGUAAUUUCAGUACAGCUGUAGUUAUUACUGCAUACACAUAACAUAUAUAAAAUAAAAAAUUGGUAUCUGUGUCAA